GCCCCUCCAGCCGGUCCUCCGUAUCUUCCGCCUAGGCUGGCUUCGCCUCAGCCUACGCUGCGCCUUCCCGGCCUGCGGCGUCGCGGUACCGGCCUCCGCGCUCCACCCAGACGCCCUCCGGCGCUCGGGAGAGGGCGGGAGGCGGAGCAGAGGGUAGGGGGUGGUGCCGCCGCGGUCUAGGCGCGGCAGGCGGUGGCGGCGGCGUCGGAGGUCCCUGAGAUAUGGCCGCCUCGGUGUUCUGCUGCCUGCGGUGCUGCAGAGAUGGUGGGACGGGCCACAUCCCUCUGAAGGAGAUGCCGGCCGUGCAGCUGGACACGCAGCACAUGGGAACGGAUGUUGUCAUUGUAAAAAAUGGAAGAAGAAUAUGUGGAACAGGAGGUUGUUUAGCCAGUGCACCUUUACAUCAAAACAAAAGCUACUUUGAAUUCAAAAUCCAGUCCACAGGAAUCUGGGGUAUUGGCGUUGCAACUCAGAAAGUGAACUUGAAUCAGAUCCCUCUUGGCCGAGAUGUGCACAGUCUGGUGAUGAGAAAUGAUGGCGCCCUAUAUCACAACAACGAGGAGAAAAAUAGGCUGCCAGCAAACAGCCUUCCACAGGAGGGAGACGUGGUGGGUAUUACAUAUGACCAUGUAGAAUUAAAUGUAUAUUUGAAUGGGAAAAACAUGCAUUGUCCAGCAUCAGGUAUACGAGGGACAGUGUAUCCAGUUGUUUAUGUUGAUGACAGUGCAAUUUUGGAUUGCCAGUUCAGUGAAUUUUAUCAUACUCCUCCACCUGGUUUUGAAAAGAUAUUAUUUGAACAGCAGAUCUUCUGAAUGUAUUUGGUUUUGAAACUUGUAUUUCUGCACUGUUAAAAGUGUUUACCAUUUAAUAAAGCUUUACCUGACCUACA